GCAGUUUUUCAAACUUCCAAACUUUGCCGGAAAUUUGCUUAUUAGAUGGCUACUGUGAUUAAUAUCACAGAUAAACAUCAUCUUGAACAAAUUUUACAACAGGCAAAUAAUGUAACAAAUGGUCCAAGCAUUGUAGUAAUGGAUUUUUAUGCUUCAUGGUGUCGUCCUUGUUCAGAUAUAGCUCCUGUCUUUCAAGAAUUAAGCAUCAAGUAUAAAAAUAUGAAAUUUGUUAAAAUUGAUGUUGAUAAACUUGAGGACGUUGCACAACGUUACAAUGUCAGAUCAUUACCUACGUUUAUAUUUCUACGUGGAGCUGAACAAAUUGAUCGGAUUACUGGUGGAGUUCCACAAAAGUUACGAGAUAAAGUACAAGAACUUGCUCUCUCUGGAUCAGACUCUCAUGAAAGUGGCUCAAAUAAAAGCCCACAGUCUUCUAAACAAUAUGAUAUGGAUAUAUUAUUGUCAAAAAAUCAAUGUGAAUGUUUAAAUGAAGAUGAUACACAUUCACUUGCUCAAUUAUUAAAUUCCUCUGAAAAUAAUAAUUCCAAGGCAUAUUUACUGUCAGAUACAGAUGAACAGCUUAUUAUAUACAUUACCUUCUCACAAUUUGUUCGUAUUCAAUCUGUACAGAUUAAUGGACCUAAAGAGAACGCACCAAAAACAGUAAAACUAUUUAUUAAUCAAACAUCAACACCUGAUUUUGAUAGUUGUGAAAUUGGUGAAGCUGUACAAACAUUAGAAUUAACAGAAGAGGAUAUUAAACAUGGUGGAAUAACACAAUUGAAUUUUGUAAAAUUUCAGAAUGUUAGUACACUUACAAUUUUUGUGAAAAAUAAUCAAACCUCAACUGAUCAAACUCGAAUUGAUACAUUAAAAUUCUAUGGUUAUCCAGUGAAUACAAUCAAUAUGAAUGAAUUUAAAAGGGUCUCUGGGAAGAAAGGUGAAGCCCAUGGUUAACCUAUUACCAAAAUAAAAACUAUACUUCAUUAUCAUUAUUGGAAAAAAACUAUCUGGGAAAAUGUAAACAGUUACACGAAUGUAUUCCUGCUCACUUCUUUUAUCUUUGUGUGUGUUUGAACAUUCUAAAUGCAUGAUUAACUCGUUAUUUUCACUUUUUAUUCUACCACCUUGUAACUUGAAUUCUUGGUUGUUGUUUUUUUUAAAAAAUAUACAGAAAUCUUGAAGUGGAUUAUAAUUUCCU